AUGUCCGAGGAUACCGACGGUCCCCAGGCCGCUGGUAGGACUGGACAACCUAUCGGCAGCAGGAAGCGUGCCCGCACCGACGGACUCCCAACCCCCCAGUCCGGCUUACCGCAAGCCUCCAUUUUGCGAGCGGCCUACUUUCCUCAUAUUCUCGAGCGCAUAAUGGCCCACUCUUCCCUCGCUGCACUACUCGUACUGCGUGCCUCAUCCAAGUACUACAAGGCCAAGGUCGACGGCCUCCUCGGCAACGGUGUCCACCUUGUGGUCACAUCUACCACCGCUUCCUCUGCCGCCGCGUCUGUACGCAGACUUGGACACCACAACGAUCAAGGCGUCCCCUCCACCCCAUUCCUGCUCGCCUUGGUCACCGUACCCGAGUUCCGAGGUGCAAUAAACGAGUACAUCGCAUCCGAGAUCAUGGGGUCCUGUCACCAAGACAUUCGCGCUGUCCGUCUUCCGCAGUAUCGAGGUCGAUAUAUCCGCUUCCCUGUUUCUCACACACUGGUGGUUUCAUGUGAUGCGUAUCUGCACAAAGGCUUCGACCCACCUACGGAAGCACUCGUUCUCUGGAGUGCUAUUCCUGCAUGCGUAACCAAGCUUGUUGUCAACAUUGGUGUCAACGAGUUGGUGCAGUGCCCUACCAUCGACACACGAACCGUUCGAAUGUUCCUCAAAUAUCCGUUCAACGUCAAGGAGCUUGUUCUCGUCUUUCGUCCUUCCGACAUUCCCCUUCGCCUGGUUGCACCCUUCCCCACUGUUGCAGGCGACAACGACAGCCGACGUAACCUUCACGAUGAACUUUAUCGCUGUGUCCAAGCGUACGUCACGGGGAAUGUGCGAGUCACACUGGUAGACUGUGCACUUCUCUUCUACCGACGCAGGGCGGUGUCGAUAAACGAAGCCGAGAAGGAGAUCAGGUCCCGGUUCAGGCGCGCGGCCACAUCGGCACUCAAGGACUGUGACGAGCAGAUUGUCCGCAGGUUUGGUUUUCGCAUCAAGGUCGACACGGUCCUCAGGUUCUUCACGCCGGAGGAGUACAACGAGGAGGUUGGGGAUGAACAAUAUCAGAUCGAGACGUACAUCGAUUAA